AUGACAGGCCUUCGACGUCAGCUUAGCCAUCCGCACCUAAAUAAAUUCAAAGAAGCUAAAAAGGAACUAGCUUCUAUAUACGAAGACAUUUUAAGUUAUGUUUCCGAAAGUCACAAAUUUACUCGAGAACAAAGCGAAGAAGAUAGGUUCGCCAAACUUAUCGGACAGGGAGUUCAUGCUGAAGUUGAACAUCAUUUACAGAAAAUCCGCAAUAUUCAGGAAAUUAUUGCUCGUAAUCAAAUGAAAUGUGCUUUUUUUGGGAGAACAUCAAAUGGAAAGAGUACUGUUAUCAACGCAAUGUUGGGUUCAAAGUUGUUACCUUCUGGUUUGGGCCACACCACCAGUUGUUUCCUUGAAAUUCAGGGGACGGAUCAGGACUCAGGAUAUCUUCUAAUGGCUGAUUCUGAUAUCAAUGCUAAAGAAACGUCAGAUAUUUCUCACCAGGCUCGUCCUAUUGAUUCCGUUGGUCAGUUGGCUCAUGCAUUAAGCAAUGUCAAGCUCUCUACAGACACACUACUAAAAAUAUUCUGGCCAAAUUCAUAUUGUAGACUGUUACGUGAAGAUGUUGUUCUACUAGAUAGUCCAGGAAUUAAUGUUGAUCCAGAUAUGGAUAAAUGGAUUGAUCUUCACUGUUUGGAUGCUGAUGUUUUCAUUCUUGUUGCUAAUGCUGAGUCAACAUUAAUGCAAGCCGAGAAAGAUUUCUUUCAUAAAGUCAGUCAGAAGUUAUCCAAACCAAAUAUUUUUAUCAUUAAUAAUCGUUGGGAUGCUUCAGCAAAUGAAAUUGAAUAUAUUAAUGAGGUACGUGAACAACACCUGCAACGUUGUGUAGCAUUUCUUGUUGAUGAAUUAAAAGUAUGCACACGUACGGAGGCAGAGGGACAUGUUUUCUUCGUUUCAGCCCGUGAAGUUUUAGCAAUGAGAACAAAAGCAAAUUUAGGUGGAGAUCCACAUUCAGGUCCUCCUGGAGCAGCUACAAGUAUUGGGUCUCCUUUGUCAGCAGUGGCCUAUAUGGCUGAGGGUUGGCAAGACAGACUCGUGGAAUUUACAAAUUUCGAAACUGUUUUCGAGAAAAAUCUUUCAGAGUCUGCUACUCGUACAAAAUUUGCAGCUCAUUCUGAACAAGGCAAGGAUGUGGUGAAUAGAGUCCGUACAAUCAUGGAAAAUAUCUAUGAGACAACAGUUGAAGAAAAAGAUGCUGCUGUUCGUUGUCGUCGUCUUUCUCAAGCACAUCUUGAAGAGGUACGUGCUCGGUUGAUGAAGACAACUCAAGCUGUAGAUGAAAUGCUUCAUGCUAGUUUGGCACGUGUUGAAGCUCAAGUUGCUAGUGCAUUAAAUGCUGAAAUUCGACGUUUGAGUGAACUUGUCGAUAGUUAUUCACGUCCUUUCCAUCCAGAUCCAGCUUUGAUUCACGUAUACAAGCGGGAACUAAAUACUCAUGUUGAACGUGAAUUAGGCAGAAAACUUACUGAAGCUUGCUCUAGUGAUAUUCUUAAUGAAGUUGCUCGAUGUGAACAAUUAAUGAUGAAUAAACAUGCGGCAAUUGUUUCAGACGAAGCUUGUAAAAAUCGUAUACUUCAGCUAGUUGAUCCUACUGCAUUUACUCCGGAAUUCCAUCUCGAUUGUCGUAAUUUGUGUGCAAAUUUUCGCGAAGAUAUUCAGUUUCGUUUUUCUCUUAGUUUGGGGACGCUGUUUCAACGAUUGUCAGCCCCACGUCGUUCGACAAAUAGUUAUUAUUGGACACAAUCUGAUGGGAUUCCUUCUAGUUUGGUUAACUCUUCUAUAUUACCCAGAUCUUCGUUGACUGUUGAUUUGUUCCCUUCUCUUAUGAGUCGAAGUGCUGUUGGUACUGUCAUUGUUUUUGGAAUUAUGUCUAAAGCUGUUGGUUGGCGAGUUCUAGCAGUAGCUUGUGGAAUAUACGGUGGUUUAUAUCUAUACGAACGACUUUCUUGGACAAAUAAAGCUAAAGAGGCUGCUUUCAAACGUCAAUAUGUCGAUUUCGCUUCACAUAAAUUACGUUUAAUUGUUGAUUUAACCAGUACAAAUGCUCGGCAUCAAGCUAAAAGAGAGUUACAUCUAGCUCAUAAGAAGUUGUCUACGGAAGUGGAGAAUUUCAGUGAUACUUUAGUCGAAGAAGUGAAACAAUUGGAUAGUGAUAUUAACCGUCUGGAUUUCAUUACUACAGAAGCAAGGAAACUUAAAAAUCGUGCUAAUAACUUGGGGAAUAUUUUGAAUAAAUUUCAUGAAGCAUUUAUUUUAAAUCCAUGGGAUGAACCUAGUUAG